AUGAAUAGAAUGAAAACAGAAGCUCGACCUUAUUUGUGGUGGUCUUCACUUGAUAAAGACAUCGAAGAUCUUACUCGUCAAUAUCAAAGUUGCACGGAAAAUGCAAAACAACCUGUUAAAGCUCCAUUACGACAAAGAAAUAUU